AGCAAUACCGCAUCAGUAGUGCAAAUGGAGAUUUGCCUUUUUGAAAUCUGUGACAUCAUGGGUUAGAACCUGAAAUAUUGUCUGGGUGUCAUACAGCAGACAAUUAUCAGCACCAUAUAUGGCUAUGUAAAUGAUGGAUAUAAGUUUAAAGAAAAGAACCCUGUCUUUCAUGAGGAUGUAACAUUACAAAAAUCCAUCUAUGUCCGACAAGGCUUUCUGUCUGGUCUAUGUCAUAGAUGCAAGUACUGUCCAAUUCACAGAUGACAGACUUAUUGAGAAGUUGAGAAUCAUUCGUCAUAAAAUCAGCGAAGAAGGCAUUCCUCAAGUGGUUGUCAUGACCAAAGUGGAUGAAGCGUGUUCGCUGGUCAGAGAUGAUUUGAGGGAAAAUCUACACGAGCAAGAAGAUCAAAGAGAAGAUGGAGUUUUGCAGUGGAAGUGUGGGGGUGCCAUGAACCGUAUCUUCCCAGUGAAGAACUACAGUGACGAAAUGACACAGAUGAUGAGUUGA